CAUCUGUCAAUCAAAUUUUAAAUAUGGAAAGGUGAAAAAUGUUUUGAACGUCGCAAAUUUAUUUCCACAAAUCCAACCCUGAAAAUAAUCCAACAAACUCCUAAUAUCCGGCAUGCAGUUGCUUCAUGAACAGAAACCGUUGAUAAAGAACAUCACAAACAUGAGCGUCAAUCUAUCUACAAGAAACCUUUCGACCCAUAAUAUAGAGAUCAAAGAGAAGAGGUCUUCGGAUUCGUCUUUACGACAGAUGAACCCGGUGGCCAGCGGUGACAAUGUGGCCACUGAGUUGACCACACAGAAAUUGAAAGAAGAGAUGCCGCUCCUGGUGCCAUGCUGCGAGGGCAAAGAAUUACAGAUAAAUCAAGACCUGGUGCGAAGCGGACUGUCAGCGAUCUCUAUGAAACAUGAAAGCGUAAUGCAAUGUUUGAGCAUAUCCCAAGCAUCCGAGAGAUCACAUUUAUUCCCUGGACUUGUUAAGCAUCGUAAUUCCUUCCGCUCCCUGCAUCGUCCGGAUCUGAAGCGGGUGCCUUACCUUCGUCGCCUGAGCCCCGAUGAGCUGGAGUUGCUGUUCCGUGGCUAUGCUGACCUACCCACACGUGACGCUCUUGUAAAAGACUAUGAAGAAGCUUCAAAAACAACAUCCACACGAGGUCAGGACUUAAGGACUGGUGACUUAACCAAAAAGACAAUACAGGAACGCAGUGAUAGUACACUUAAUUCUAAAUCAGAGUCGCGACCUACAAAGGAGGAUAUACCAGUGGGUAUGCGACUGCACGGCGCCCGCGCGAGGCUCUACACCUCCGUGCUCGCUGGCACUAAAGCUGGGGAUCAACUUAACAAUGCAUCACCUUUAGAAGACUACGACACUGCGGUACCUGAAAUAGUUCUUCCAGAAGACGAGGUUCAACUCAACGAGGAGUUACAGAUAAUAUUACCACCGCGCUCCGACGACGGCGCGGAAUCUGUCAUUACCACAGCCACUGACAAAACUCUGUGCUAAAUAGCUGCAGGAUCGUGACAACGAGAUAAUAGAAAUUUCACAAAGCACUACUCAAACUGAAAAUUACCUACCAGACAUAUUUGUAUCCAAAAUAAAAAUUAAAUUGAUGUUUGUAAGAAA